UUGCUGCUAGAGCACAGUCAAAUCAAAGCAAGCAAACAAAACACAUCGCAUAAGCGAACUCUUAGCGUUCUACGCAACUCUUACUACUUACCUUAUACGUAUUUGUGGAGUGAAAUUAAUUGAAGAAAAAGAUGGCACUUGUACCAUUGUUAUUCUCUGACUGGUGGGAAGAUCUCGACCGUCCUCAUCGACUCUUCGACCAGGAUUUCGGCCUUGGACUUCACCAGGACCAACUUCUGUCACCUCAAAUCCUGGAACGAUACUUUGCACCUUUGGAAAGAAGAACCAGGAAUCCGCUUCUCUAUUACCGACCAUGGGGUGAACUUCUCCGCAAAGGCGACACUGGCACAUCCACAGUCAACGCAGACAAAAACAAAUUCCAAGUCAUCUUAGACGUCCAACAGUUUAAACCUGAUGAGAUCAACGUUAAGGUCGUGGAUAAGUUCGUCGUCGUCGAAGCUAAACAUGAAGAGAAGCAAGAUGAACAUGGAUGGAUCUCUCGCCAGUUUGUACGCAAGUACAUGAUUCCAGAACAAUGUGACAUUGAUCAAGUCUCUUCUUCAUUGUCAUCUGAUGGAGUAUUGACCAUCACUGCUCCUAGAAAAAACAUUCCUAAACAAGACAACGAGAGAAGCAUCAAGAUCGAACAUACGGGAAAACCAGCCAUCCGUGACCAAAAUUGUGACAAGAAAUGUGUCAAAGACUCCAAAGAAGAGAAACCUAAAAAAUAAAUAUUCAAUUAUUUAUUAAAUAAGUAUUUGUUUGUUUAUAAUACCAGUAUCUUUCUCUCUAUGACUGAUUUUUUGUAAGUGUAAUUUUGUUUGUACUUCAAGUCAUUAAAUUUAAUGUAAUUAUUUUAUAAGUUUGAAUAGAUUAAAAUAAAUAAGACUAAUAA